AAAACUGCACGAACAUCCCGGCAUAGCUGUGGUUUGAAUCUUCUUUUCCUCCAAAGAACCAGUUGAUGAGUCAUUACGAUUGCGAUAUUUUUGGAGAAAUAGAGCUGCAGUUUCCAUCUGCCAACGGUUUCUCGUUGUUUGGAAUACACACACAUUUGUAAUCUAAAUUCUGAUAAAUUCCCAAAGAACUGUGAAUCUGCCUUCAACCAUCCCGAUAGUACUGUUGCAAUAACAUCCAUUGGUGUAACAAACUGCAGACUUGCCGGUUGUGCAUUCUUAUCAACGAUGUGGAGCAUUGGUCGGGCUGCACAGGCAAGAAGGUCUCUAAAGUAUGCGUAAAACAGCCGUGAUUGCUCAUGCUGUGCCAACAGAAUCUGUUUAGAACGAUUAACGUGGGAAAGAAAAUGUGUCUUCCUGGGUCAUUCAGAAAAUCACCUCAAACAUAUGAUGAUGCUCUUGCAAGGAAUCACCAUAACGGAGGAGAACCAUUCGUUUCUUGUUAAUUAUGAUCUGAUUCAUUCCCAUUGCGCCAUUGGUUGUCAUUCGUGAGGGCAAUCCUUUUCUUUUUGCCACGAUUUGUCGCGAGUAGAAAUCCCCAAUAUGCUGGAAGAAACGAACCCACCCAGCACCGGCCGGUCUGACCCACAGAUGGGUAAAGAAAUGUACGCCUCCUCUCCUCUCCAGUUACAAUCACCUUCGCAAGCCUUGCCGCUGAUCGGACGGGCCUCCUUCUUCAAGAUAAUAAUAUGCUAACAAGUAGCAACAUUCUCACUCAUUCGUGUCUCCCACCCCGAUUCGCCGCCCGAUUGUGCGUGUGACCUCACACUUCGCACAAGAAAAAUCCCCAAUCGACUCUCGUUCGCUCGUUAGCGCGAGUUUGCCAUUCAUUCAGCCCUGACUUGAAGUUCAGUUCAGUCGGACUUGACGAGUGCUACGGUGUGGUUCAGUGCUAACGGAAACAGAAUGAUUUCCGCAAACGUAUUCUCGGUGAUCGUCGCGACAUUGGUGUUUGGAACGUUUGCAGGGGAAGCUUUGCAAAUUGGUUGUAGCGAUCCGGACGAACGCUGCCUUCCGAUCCGCCACUGUUCGCCAGUGUACAGGCGUAUCGAAAAGAACGAACAUUUGACAAACGCCACGUUCAUGAAGGAGAUACAUCGCAAAACCUGUCAGCCGGUUGUACAGCAGGACACGAAAACCCACAUUUGCUGCCGCAAGCGCCACAUCGGCUGCCGGCUGAAUGGGAAACCGGGUGCUUGCUUGCUGCGUGAGCAGUGCCCAACACUGCAGACGACUACCGAGCGGAAGCUGAUGCAAAAUCCGGAGCUGAACCUGUGCUACGUGCACGACCGAAGGCAUUACUUCUGCUGUACUGAUCCGUACUGUGCCACGCACAAAAAGCUCUGCGAACAGGAGGCAGCGCCUUUGCAAGCGAAACAAUCCGCCUCCACCUUUCCCCGCUGUACGGGCGCGAACGGUGAGGCGGGUUCGCUAGUUCCCGCCGUGCUGUGUGGCGGCCAGCCGCCCCGCCCCAGCAAGCGAUCCGUCGAUCAGCGGACGUGCUGCGUACCGCCGGCACAGCCGAACCGGCUCGUUUCCCACCCGAACGCAGCGAAACUGGCGCGCCUGCCGUGCGGUACGAUCGGGCUGCUGGUCAAAAUCCAGGACGGUACGUACGCGCAGCGUGGGGAAUUCCCGUGGAUGGCGAAUCUGGUUUACAAGCAGAAGGCGAUCUGCAGCGGCACGCUGAUUCAUCCCUCGUACGUACUCACCGCUCGGCACUGCAUCAACGGGGGGCUGGUUCGCGUUCGGCUCGGGAAGCACGAUCUGCUGGAAAAGCCCGAAUGCCCGCCCGGCACGACGGCGGGGGGCGUGGACUGUCCGCAGCUUCAAGUGCAGGAGAUUGCUAUCGCGCAGAAAAUGCGCAGCCACACGCACGACGUCGGACUGCUCCGGCUGGCCAAGCCGGCCGAUGUGGCGGGCGAGCUGGUACGGCCGAUCUGUCUGCCGGUGUACGCGUCCCUGCGCAUGUACCUACCGCCCUCGGUUACCAUCACAGGCUGGGGACUGACGGAGAAGGAGAAGCCGGCAACCGUGCUGCUGAAAGCGCACACCUCGCUGCUGAUGGACGAUCCGGCCUGCGCCAAGGACUAUAUGAUCUGCGCCGGUGGCACUAGCCACAGCAAUCACUGUGGCGGUGACUCGGGCGGACCGUACCAGGCGCUCGGUGUGUACGACGGCAAGUCGCGGUACGUGCAGUACGGCAUCAUCUCGGACGGGCCGGCCUACUGCUCCAAUCCGGACCGUCCCAGUCGCGGUGUGCUGGUGGGGUACGUUAUGGACUGGAUCCUGGACAAUAUGGCGUUGUAAGGGAAAGACAACGAGCGAGCGAGAGAGUGAAUGGGUGAGUGAGUGAGAGAGUCAGUGGUUUCCGGUCUCAAAUGAAUCAUUAAAAAUGCUCAUAGAUUUUACGUACCCAGUUGCCAUACGUUAUAAGCAGUAUAUAUGAAUGCGAAGUUGAAUGAAUAAAUUGACUGUUUUCUCGUCUUCGCUUACACGAAACAA